AUGAUUGGUUUGUUUGCCAACACGUCAUUUUAUUUUUCAAUUUCUUUUCAAAUUGGAAUUGUUUUGUAAUUAAUCUCGCCGUGUUAAUCAAACCGGCGUAACCAACCCACGGUUUUAAUUUGAUUUGAACACGUAUGUUUCAAAAUAUGAGAUAAUUGGCUACAAUUUAUUAUGAACGAAACAGUUCAUGUUUUCAAUGUAAUUUUUUUGACGUAGUUAGAUAAGAAUUGUUUAUCGUGAUUUUCAAGAACCGACAACUCGGAUGGAGGCGACGUUGAGAGAAUACCGUGCCCUUAGACAUCGUAAAUGGCUCGAAGAAAAUGAAAAAGCCAAAGCUAAGAAGGAACCGGAAAAAUCAUUUCUGAAUUUUCUCAUGUCCAAUAAAUCUAUAAUGGAUGAUGAAAAGAAAGAAGAUGAAGUUCCUUUGUUGGAAAGUGAAAAGCCAGUUACUAGCCAUGUUUUGAUACAGCCAGAUGAAAAUAAUGAUACAACAGGAUACACAUUAGAAGCAAAUAAAGUCACACAAGAGUCAUGGAAAUACUGUAUCACAAAAUGGACUAUAUAUUUUAUUAUAUGGCUUACUGUGUACAUAAUAUUCCUAAAGCUUCAAUUUGGUGCAGUUUACUUUGUGAUAUCUUUACUAAUUGGUAUAUAUUUGAAUACCAGAACAGGACCUAAGAAAGAAGGUGAAGUGUCAGCAUAUAGCGUAUUUAAUGAGAACUGUGCCAGCAUUGAUGGCACUUUGAGUGCUGACCAAAUUGUUAGAGAAUUAACAUUCGGACCGGGUAAUUUACAAUAAUAAAGUCACAAAGAUUUUUUACUCUUAUAACUUGUGUUUUAUCCCACAUGUUAAGAUGUGGACAAUUUGUACGCUAAUUUAGUAAGCUUGGUUCUUAAAAAAUUCUUGUCACAAAAAAGAUCAUAAAAUUUUUAAAUACUAACU